UGGUGGGCGGGGCGUAGUGUCAACACGGAAAUAGGGAGCAGGGUCAGAUUUUGCAGCUGAAGUUCCAGGAGAAUCUUCGCUCUGUUCUGUCACUUUGAGCUUCUCCUCCCGCCGCAGCUCCGUCCUCCGCCCGCAGCUCCGUCCUCCGCCCGCAGCUCCGUCCUCCGCCCGCACCUCGGCCCCACCGCCCUACAACAUGUUUGCCCCCAGACUUCGGCGUUUACGUUUGGCGGUGACUCUCACCUCGCGGACGCUGAGCUCGAAUCCUGGACGAGCUCCGGACAUGAGAGAAGGAAAUCCUCUGUUACAUGUGUCGAAUGUGAGGAACAGACUGAGGGAGAUCGUGGGAGCGUCCACCAACUGGAGUGACCAUCAGCAGGCCAUGGCGGAGCGCGUGUCUCUGUCGUCCAUGUUGGCUCAGUCUCAGGAGGCUCUUCCUCCCAAGUCGAUGAAGGACAGUCACCUGGAGGUGCACCUGCCGCUGGGCUCCGAACCUCAGCUGAGAGAGAAGUACCUCACCUUCCACAACACCGUCAGGUUUGGGAGAAUCCUGGAGGAUCUGGACAGUUUAGCAGUUCUUAUCUCGUACUCACACACGUAUAACUCCACCCUGAAGAGGUCGCCGCUCUCCAUCGUCACCGCCCUCGUCGACAAAAUCGACAUGAGGCAUCACGUGAUCUACCCCGACUGCGACAUCAAGUUCACGGGUCACGUGUCCUGGGUCGGCCGCACCUCCAUCGAAGCAAAGAUGCACAUGACCCAGUACAGAGACGGAGCGUACGCACCGGUGUUGGACGCUACAUUUGUGAUGGUCGCACGAGAUCCCGAGAACAAGAGAGCAGCGUAUGUGAAUCCACUGAAGCCUGAGGGACCAGAGGAGGAGAAACUGUUCCAGGAGGGAGAAGCGAAUAAAUCCCGUCGCGUGGAGCUGAGCACCGCCUCCCUGCUCAAAGUCGCUCCAACCGCAGAAGAGAGAAAGAUCGUCCACAGCCUCUUCCUCAACACGCUCGACCACAAGACGGUGAGUUUCCGCAGCAGAGUUCUUCCUCCAAACUCCGUGUGGAUGCAGGACGCCAAACUGAAGGGCCUGGAGAUCUGCCACCCUCAGCAAAGAAACAUCUUUAACCGGAUCUUUGGCGGGUUUCUGAUGAGGAAGGCGUACGAGCUCGGCUGGGCCAACGCCUGCUCCUUUGGAGGCUGCCGUCCCAGUCUGGUCGCCGUCGACGACAUUUUGUUCCAGAAACCGGUGGAGAUCGGGUCUCUGCUCCUGCUCUCGUCACAGGUGUGUUACUCUGAGGGGAAGUACAUCCAGGUCAGAGUUCACAGUGAGGUGUUUGACCCUUUGACCCGGACGCACAACACCACCAACGUGUUCCACUUCACCUUCGCCUCCGACCGCGACGUCCCCAACAUCGUCCCCGAGACGUACGGAGAGUCGAUGUUGUAUUUGGACGGAAAGAGACACUUCAACCAAACUGUCCUCUGAGCUGCAGAACUCUGACCUGUCCACAGAAACCACACACACACACACACACGCACACACACGCACACACACACACACACAAACACAC